UUUUUAAAGCUAGUUGGCAUCACCGGACGAAUUUUGGACGCUUGCAUUUCUUUUAGAUUUGGCGGUGGCUUUUUAAAAUAUUUCUAUACUACAUUUUUAAUAUAAAGAAGGAGAGCAGUAUGUGGCACAAUUUUGAAGCUUCGCCUAUGGAGGAUGAGACCAUAUCUAAUAUGUUCUCGUCCCGUGGAAUUUUUCGUAUAACCAGCGAGGAUCAGGUCGAGAAGUAUCCCGUUAUUCAGGGAUCAGUACAAAGCGGCAAAAUGGCGAUAUCUAUAGACAAAAGUCUGCUGCUAUUAGAAGAUGAGCUGGUGGCCAAGUGUAGUUUCCUAAGCUUUGAUGCCCAGAUCGAAGUAAUUGAAGUUUCUACAAACGGAAACCUGAUCGUGUGCGGCCUGAGCGAUGGGACAGUUCAUGGUGUAUACAUAAAGGGUGCCCUCUUGUUCAGUGUUUCCAUUAAAAUGGAAGAUGUAGGUCUCUCGGGCAGCACAUUCACCAACAUCCAUAAGAUGAAUCAGCGGAUCUACUUUACCUGUCGUAAUGGCAGCGUAUAUCGUUUAAGUGAAAUUGAUGAAGCCUCAUUGGAGUCUGUAGCUAGUAUUGUAUUAAAUGAAAAUGAGAGCACAGUCGGGGACAAGACAAUUCUGGAUGACGUUACACUAGAGCGGACUUCCAAAGACCGCUCUCUUGGGAAUAUAGACAACGCUAUUUUGUUAAGAAAAAUUUGUGCCCAUAGUUAUGCCAAAAACAAUCAACUGGAACCCUGCGACGAUUAUGAUCUUUUCUUAGCUGCUGCCCAGAAGUCGUUGAUUUGGAGGACAUCUACAAACGAUGCGACCCGUAUAGUUCUGCCAACUCACCUAGCCGACAUUAAAUACAUUUACAAUUUGGAUUACUACGUGAUUGGUCUAACCCACUCUGGUCAUUUGGUAGAGAUUUGUCCAUUCACACGCACCGUUGAUGCGUAUCAAUUAGCUCCAAAAGAAGAAUUUCUUAUUGAAGAUCUGCUAGUUAUGGAAACUAGUGAGGAAAACAUAGAGUUGUUAAUACUAACUAAAAUUAAGGAUGAAGCUCGACUUAUUAAACUCGUGGAAUACCCAUCUUUUAAAUGCAAAACCGAGGUGGAAGUACCCAAGCAUGCAUGGCUAAUCCGCCAGCCUAAAAGUGCCGUGAAUCUUUAUUAUAUGGCAGCCAAGCAAGACAUGAAAAGUGCUUCCUUCCCAUCAGAAGUUGAGAUGAUGAUCGUAUCGGAAACCGAUCCCAGUGAUCGAUUGAAAAAACUUAUUGCCAAGGGACGCCUCGAAGAGGCUGAGGAUUUCGGCAAGCAAUUUGAACUGUGCCUACAACCUAUUUAUGAGGCCAAAGCCAAGCAUAUUUUAGUGGAACUUUGCAAUAGCAACAUCAAUUUGGAUACCAAAAAGCUAGAGCAAACAUUUCAGAAAUUGCUUCAAUUAUUAGAACUAAUUGAAAGCAAGGCAUUCAUCAAAAGCAAUCGAAUGAUCAACUUAAGUUCACGGCCCAUUCUUGAACGGUAUUUAAAAGAAAUCCGAAAGCGGCUCAACUUUGAGGAAGAUGAGAAACAUGUUCUGGAGAUUGACGAGCAAUUGUAUCGCCUGAAAACCUUGGCCAUUACCGAUCCCUAUGAGUGCAAUAACGACUGGCAGAAGUUUGUCUAUGAUAAUAAUUUGAUAAAAACAGUCAAGUCCAUGUUUAACACCGACAUGCCAACUGCUUGCAUUAUCUGGCGUCGUCAUGCAAGCAGCAUUUUACCAAAUGUCAACGAGGAUGAGCUUAAGACUUUGCUGGGUUUCAUUCCAAGCAAUACGAAACCAUUCGAUAUGGUGCAAUGGCUGAGCCAAUUCACACCGUUGGUGAGCAAGACUCAUCCCGGCAUUAUGCCCUUUAUAGCCGACUGGGGUAUUGAGAUGACCCGUAAAUUGCAGUUUUCUCCUCAUUGGCCAGAUAUUGGUUUGGAAUUUUCCACAAAGAUUUUGAAAACUUUUGAGGAAAUUACGUUUUCUUACUCCGAUGUGCGCCGGCAGCAUGAACGGAAUAUAAAUAAACUGCGACUCCUUGUUAACGCUCUAAAUGAUUUAACAAUAUUAAAGUCCAAUUACAACAUGUCCUUAACGUUGGACAAUUACAUGCAGCAUACAAUUGAUGCGACAGCGCUUAGCAUAUUGCAACAUGUGAAAUUGGAUCAGUUGCAACAGCUAGUAACAGAUUUCUUGUACCCGAUAUACCAGGAGAAGGGUAAGGAGCCCGUGGAAGUGAUUCAACAGUAUGUUGCCCAAUUAGUGGCCAGUCGUCAGUCAUCCAGCUCUUGGCUAGAGCGUGCCAUUGCCUGUGUUAGGCAUAUUCACAAUGAGGAUAGCCGAUUGGAGUGCGCCCUUUCUAUUCUGCAAAACGCAGAAGUGCCCUGGCCAGAGUGUUUAACGCCGUUAAUAAAAUUACGAAACUCUUCACAUCCACUAGCUAUAAAGAUCAAUGCAGAAUACGAGAUUCAAGUGAUUAAAAUCAUGAAGAUCAAAUACGGUUGGACAGAAGACAGUUCGGCCGAUAUGAAUCUGGAUUUAUUUUCAAUGCGAAUUGUUAAAAUGAAUUUACCCGAAAUGAUGCAUGACAUACGCACAUUGACAAAGGCAGCUCCCGAAAUUUCGGUAAGCGCUAAUUUCAAUUGCUGCUACCAAAUGGCCAGACGCGGUCAGAUUGAGCAAGCCCAUGAGUUUUACAAAUCCCUCAAGACUACGAAAUCCGAUGUGGUCGCAAUAUUGGCCAAUAUGUUGGAGAGCUGUUCAUCACUCGAGUUGUCCAAUGAGACAAAGGCCACAGAGCAUUUGAACCAACUGGAAUUUUUCAAACUAUUGCUACCCCAUGUGGAGGCCACAUAUAAGCAGCGAUAUUUACUAAUAUACCAACGUUUUCAUCUCAAACAACAAUUUCAAAUUGAAGUAAACGCCAUCAGUGAGCUUAUCCCACUGCGUAGACGGCGGGAGUUGUUAGAGGAGGGUGUGGAGCGAAUAAUGGGGCGUGCCCAGGCCACUUUAAAUGUGUUCACAUUUAUUGCUAGUGAAAUGAGAGAUCUCUGCAAAUUGCUAAAUUUGUCUACAGUCUUUGGUAUAGAACAAAUAUGCCGACGAAUGAAUUGCCUGCCCUUAAGCUGUGCUCUGGCCUAUCAUGUAGUCCAAUUUGUCGACUGCAACCCAGAAAACAGCCGAGACUUUAUCAAUCUAGCCAUGGAGUUGCUUGCCCAGCAAAUUAGCAUAGCCAAAGGAAACACUCAGGACUCACCGUCUGCCCUGCAUUGUGUUAAAGAUAGCGACCCCCUAACUUUUCCCCUCGCCUACGAGUUGCUGACAUCUAGCCUAAAGUACGAAAAGAGUCGCCAACGCGAUCUCUGUGAGAUAAUUAAAUAUGUACGCGUUGCCUUUAUUAACUAUCCGUUAAAUGUCAUCGAUAAGCAUUAUCAGGGCACAGUCCAAGAGAAAAACAUUAACGAAGAAAUUGUACGAUCACUGGAUGGAGCGAGCAUCGCCCUAGGUGAAACUACUCUAAAUUUUACCAAUGCAUCUUUCGCAUCCCUCGAUGUGAAGCCGCAAUCAUCAAAGGGUCGCAACUCGGUGUCAAUGUUUGAUGAAGUUGAUGUUCAGCCAGGACAACAGGCCUUAAAGAAGAAGGACAUCAAGGAUCGUCUUCCCGUGGUCAAGUUCUUGUCACGCACUCUCCUACUCAUGAUGAUUGAAAUAGAACCGGAAAAUUGUCUUCUAUUGGAAUUACGAAACAUGCUAGACGAAAAUCUAAAACUUGAUCUUGAUGGUGCUCGAACCGAUUUCUUUGAGUCUUUGGAGCAGCUAACGAGGGAAAAAGAGCACAGUGUGUGGUAUCCGAUGGCACAGCAUCUUUUGGACUAUCAGAAGACAACCGGGCGCAGCAAAAAGAGAAUUAUCAAUGAAGGAUUCGUGACGGUGCAAUUGAGACGACUCAUCCGCAAUGCGAUUAGUAGCAAGGAUGUGAAUUUCAUAGAGCUAUUUAAAAUGUUGUUGGCCGAUAGUCAUUCAAUGGCUCUGAUGGUGAAACUUUCUACCGAUAUCAAAACAGAUCAGCAGAAAAUGAACUACCUCACUUUGUCUGCUAUGUACAAUGAGUAUAUCGGAGAAACGGAUGAAGUGGAGAAAAUACGUGCCAAACGCCUGAAGCUGUAUUAUUAUUUGGAAUUCUGCAAGCAAGAUCCCUCUAUUAAGGGCAAAUUCAAUGCAGAUACGGAUAAUAUUGAGCAAUUGCUGAAGGAGUUCCAUAACAAACAGCUGGAUGUGCAACUCCUAGAGCGUAUGAGUCGCGAUUUCGGCUUCGACUACCAGAAGAUACUGAUUGCUCAAAUAAUGAGCAUACUAAGCGCCCAGGAACUGCGCUUUGAGAUAAAACGCGAUACAUUUGGCGACGAAGAGCUGGUCAUGUUGAGUAACACGGACGAAAUGAGGGAGAUGUGCCAACCGUAUAUUAAUGAAAUAAAGAAUAUAGAUCUAUUUACGACCAGACUAAAACAGUUCAUCGAAGAGAUUAACAUCUACUUUUAUGAAUUGUACCUGUGUGUCAUUAAUAUGCUGAUCUAUUUUAAUGCCGCACCCAAAGAGAUGGAAAUUUGGACAAAUAUUUUGCAUUUUCUGCGCCACAAAAUGAUCACUCGACGUCGUAAUCGUCCUAGUCAACUGGAAAUAGAGAUGUCUCAAAACUCCGUUUUACCGAAAAUUGCACAAUAUCGUCUGCCAUUCAAACCGAUUGUGGAGAAACCUCUCAAGGAUAUUUUAGACUAUGAUAUAAAUGUGGAUAACUGUCAGAGCUGGUUUCCAUUAAUUCAAAUGUGUACGGCACUGAAAGGGUCCAAGGAUAGUCCCCAAAAUUGCGACUAUUUUUGUAUGUCAGCAGUUAAGAAUUCAAUGGACGAGCUGAAAUGCAAAAGUAAUUCGGACGCAUGGAGUCUGCGUCCUACGAACAAUGCUUUUCUGCAAGCAGUCUUGCGUCUGGCAAAGAACAUGAAUAGUCACAAUAAAGCAUUUCUUAUGCUGUACUAUGUAUCCAACUAUGUUCGCAGUGGAGCCGAUCAGGUGGAAGCCGCCUACGAGUGCUGGAAAUUCGCCAAGAAGCACGCUUUGCAGCUAAAUGACCCAAUGGUCAAGGAAAAAGUGAUCAAGAUUAGAUCUAAAUAUCCAAAACAAAAGACAAUGUUGUUGCUUCACACUUAUGGUUUGACCGAUGAGAAGCUGUUGCAGCUUGUCUCAGAUCCCAGAGAGCUCAUCUCCAGUCUCUAUCAUAACGACCUGAUUAUAAAGUCUGGCACGAUUGAUAUUAACGCUCUGGUCAAGGAGAUUGCCGAUUUGCAUGAAUUGGAUCUGGAUGCCAUACAAUUUAGUUUGUUGCAGAAAUGGCUAUCGGUCACCAUGGAACAAACAGAUGUCACCGUCCAUGAGGAAACUCUUGUGGAGGAUCCCUUCGGCACACCGAAUGAUGGAAUCGAUGCUGUUAAUGGACUCACUGUCAACAUUACCAGUGAGAAUGUGAUCAGAGCUGUCUAUGUACUUAGCAGUUGGCCAAAGUCGGACGCCGUUAAAUUUCUUAUUGGUUUCAUAUUUAAAGGCGGAUCAGUGAAUACCUCGACUCAACUCCAGAUGUACGAGUGUUUUUUGAAGCUUAAUGAUGGCAGUAAUAUCUUUGCCGACAUAAUAACCCAGAAACAAUUUAUCACCAUAAAAUGUGUUGAUGAUCUUAAAGCUCUUGGCUACAACUGCAACAUUGAUAAGUUUAAAGACGAUCAGUGUAACAAAAUUGACAUUUUGAAAAUGAUUUGGCAGCGUAAUGCCCAGAAUCCUCUCUCCUUGGUAGUGAUGGCCAACAUUUGUCUUGGCUUUGACAUUCAUUUGCCUAAAAUCUGGAAUGGCAUACUCAAACGCAUGGUGAUCUUUCACAUGAUCCAGGAGUUGAAUGCAUUACUUGAUGAGUUAAGCUGUAAGGCACAGUUGCUUCAUCUGGAUGGCCUAGCUGUGGCCUGGGACUAUGUGCUAUGUCAUCCACUUAAAAAUGCCAGUCAUACGCAUUCCUUUGAGCAAGAUGAACAGUUGCACAAGGUCCUCUUGCGCUUACAGGGCUGUCCAGUUGUCCAUGCUUUGAAUUUGCAACAGUUCGCUCAACACUGUAAACUGAUUCAGCGACCGCAUAUGGCAGCCGCAUUACUCGCCUUCUGCCAGAGUUCCCAACAGCGUGAGGACAUCAAGAAGCUCAUAUUAUCACGGCCAAUGGAUAAUUUACGUGAGCAAAUUCUAGAUCUAGAAGAUGCUGGCAUACUGCCUGUCAUUCUUGAUUUUGCCCUUAAAGAAUUGAAUCUAUAAGAGACACAAUCCCUUACUGUGUUUAUAAUAAGGUAAGGGGUCUCUAAGUUCAAUAUAUGUACAUUAUACUCAAUAAACAGGUUUAAGUUAAUUAUUUACAAUAAAAUAUAUUUAUCUUAAAAUCAAGAUGGAAAUCUUGAGUAAAUUA